AUGAGUUCCCUGUCCGAGAGUCCUCAGUCGGUGUCAAGUGAUCCACUCCGUAGACAUUCGUCUACUACAUCUACUACCAAUUCACAUAUCUCUUCAGCUAAUUCCAAAGUAUCAUUAUCAGCAGCAGCUGUUGUUCCUGGUUCAGGUUCAACUGCUUUUGGAAUAGAUGGUGAUAUCAAUAGAAAACCCAUAAGAAGGAGAAAGCAUAAGAACUCUAAAUUAGGUUGUGCUACUUGUAAGUUAAGAAGAGUUAAAUGUACUGAAGAUUUACCCGAAUGUAGUAAUUGUGUUAAACAUAAAGUUAAAUGUGAUUAUCUUGAUUAUUCAGAAGAACAAUUAGAUGCUAUAAGACAGGCUAAAUUAACUAAUCAGUUUGAUGAAUUAUCUACAAAAGUUCCUAGAUCUCCUUCGAAAAAGAAGGAUUCACCUGUAUCCAAACAUCAUUCCACAUCAUCUACUAUAUCCGAUACAUCUACUGCUAACUCAUCUAUGACUCGUAUUAAGGAAGAUUUUGGAAUAGAAGAUGAAGAAUUGGAAUUACUUGACGAUGAUGAUGAUGACGAAGAAGAAGAGGAAUUGGAUGAAGAUGAAGAUGAGGAUGAAGAACUGGGAAAAGAUGAUGAUGACAAUGUAGGUAUACUAGGUAAAGAUGAUCCAGAAGAUGUUUCUAUAGCUAAUAAUCUUCAGUCAAUCGGUAUAUCCCGAUCUAGUUCCUUCCCCACUCGCGCCAAUGUCCGUCGAACCAGUAGACAUAAUCAAAGACUCAAGAAUACUAAUACUGCCAAAUUAUUUGCUAAACAUCCUUCACAUAAUCAAAUCCUUGAUUUUCAGUCCAAUUAUAUCACACAAGAUUUCAAUAAUAUAUUAAUACCGACAGCGGAUGGUGAUAAGAGCCAACAAAUUAUUUAUCCGAUAUAUACUAUAGGGCUGGAUCAACAACAGCAACAACAACAACAAGAUAUACAACAUCCCAAUACUGGUCAAUUCCCAAAUCAGACUCAUCAGUAUAAUCAACAAACUCAUUACAAUGCUCAUAUCCAUCACCCCCAUCCUCCUCAACAUCAUCCACAUCAUCAUCAAGAUCAACUUCUCCAACAUCAACAUCAACAACGUGUACCACCACAUCUCCAUAGUUAUCAUUCGGAAAGUCUGUUAAGUCAUCAAGAUCAUCAAGAUCGGGAUGAAGAUAUGAAUCAAAACUUUCAUAGUUUGGAGAAUAAUUUAGAUUCUACCAUUAAUUAUAAUACAUUUGAGGAUAUGGACUUUUUUGGAUUAUCACCCUCGGCCAACCAACCGCAGCAACAGUUUGAUAGAAAUCAAUUGUUCAAUUGGAAUAGAGAAAGUGGACCAUCAAGCAAUGCUGAUUUCGCAAGUAUGGAUACAUCAGGUGAAACUAAUAAUCAAUUGUUUGUUGGUAAUACUCCUAAUAGUAAUCCCACACCAGCAUUUAUGAAAUCCCCUACGGGGUUUCAACAGUUCCCCUCUGAGGAGCAGUAUCAGAAUCAGCCAUCAUUCCAUCAAUCAUUUGAACAGCAACAGCAACAACAACAGCAGCAACAACAGCGGGUGUUUGAACAACAGCAGCAACAACAAACUUUGUUUAACAUGCAACCAGUACCCGGAUUCUUCCAGCAACAACAACAGCAACAACAAGAUCUUUCACAACCAUCUCCAUUUCCUCAACGAUCACCUUCAGCUAUUAACACUGGCUAUUCAGGAGGAAAUGUUGGUAUUAAUUCUUUACCUGGAGCUAUCUUACUUCCAGAUGGAGGAACUAAAUUCUCAUAUAAGAAAUAUGAUAAUACUAGAUAUGAUGAAAUCUUAGUGAAUCUUUUAAAAGAACUUGGACCAUCUAUUGAUAAUGGGACUUGUCCCUUACCUAAAAUCAGAAAUGUUUAUCAUGUUUGGUUGGCUUCAUUUAUAUAUCAAUCAUUUACUAGUGAAUUAAUGUUUAGUUGUUUAGUUAAUUUAACCACCAACUUUUUGAUUUCUACGGUAUUUAAUAAUUAUCAGAGUUAUAAAGAAUAUUCGGAUAGUUUAAGUAUUGCUGAUUUAGGUCAUUUAAAUACAACUGCAACUCCAUUUAUUGGAUCAGGAGUGGGAGGUGCAGGAGCCUUUGAUAAUCAAGGAACUCAACAACCUUCACCAACAGAUUCUAAAGAAGAAAUUGAAAAAUUACUUGAUAAAACAAAGUUAAGGAAUUUUGCUCUUGUUAAAUCCAUUAAACAUUAUGCCAAAGUUAUUAAACAAUUAAGAGAUUGUCUUAAUACUAAUGAUGAUCCUGAUCUUUGUGCUCAAGUAUCAUAUAUUUUAUCUCUCAUGUCAAUUUAUGAUCCAGAAUCUACUUUAAAUUCAACUAAUUGUUUUAGAGAUGGUUUAUUCUCCAUUCUUAAUUAUAAUUUUAAUCUUUUAAUGAAGAAAAAUGGUUAUGUACCACUUAUUAUUUGGGUUCAUUUAAAUUUAAUGAAGAAUGUUAUGAGAGCUGCUUAUUUACCAAGUUAUGAUCCUACAUUUGUUUAUGAAUUUAGAACUGUAUUAGUACAAUUUGGUAUGAUAUUAAAACCUUUGAAAUUAUAUCAAGAUGAUUCAAAUACUACUUUGAAAUUUAUUAAUAGUAAGUAUGAUGAUUUAAUUAAUUAUGUGGAUGAUAGUCUUGAGAAAUAUUUCCCAGUUUUAUUGAAUAAUACUGAUGAUAUUGAUAUUCAACAACAAGUUCUUUAUGAUAUGCUUUAUAGUUGGGUGAGGUUCUUCCCCUCCCGACUUUUGGUAGUUAAUGAAAAUUCAGAUCCUAUUGAAAAGAUAUUAUACUUAUUCUAUAAGACUUGGAGAAAGGCAUUAUUUACUAUCUUUCCUCAAACCAAAUAUUUCUUCUUACGAGAUUUUGAUAGUCCAUUAAUGCUUGAUUUAUUUGCAAUUAAUAGAGAUGUGGAUAUAUUUUUAGAACAAUUACAACAUCCUCAUUCAAUUUGUAUACCAUGGGAAGAAUAUAGACCAUUGAUUACAAAUUUAAGAUCGAUUUCAUCAUAUCUUGUAAGAAUAAUUACAUUCCUUCAAGUUCGACUUAAUUUAUUAUAUAGAUCAACGGUAUAUGAACCUAUUUCAAAAAAGGAAUUCCCAAUUGAUGAUGUUAAAGUAUGGAGAGAUUCAAUUAAGAAUAUUAAAGAUAUAAGAUAUGAAUUUAAUAAAUUUACUGGAUUAAGAGAAAUCCCCAUUAAAUCAUUCUUAAAGAAUUAUAUUAAAUUAGAGAAUUAUCCUCGAGUGGUAAAUGCUAAAAGUGAUAAAUCAUUUAUUCGUAAAGAUGAUGGAGUUGGAAUUGAUGGGAUUUCUGCUCAAACUCCAAUGACAUCAUUACCUUCAGUAGUUAAUACUCCAGUACCAACAGUAGAAGAGAUGGAUAUUGAGGUAGAUUUAUUUAGUUUACAAGAGUCUGGAUUCUUAAAGGGUGACUUUAAUAUUAUGAAAGCCGCCUGA